AUGGCUCAAUCUCCGCCAGCGGCUUCCGGCACCGCUUCCGAAUAUGCCGAAAGCGAAAUGCCAGCCUCAGUAAUGGGAGAAGGAGCUACUUUUCCACCAUAUCCUCCUUACAACACGGAACCCGCGCCACCAUCUGUCGCCAACACUAUUAUUGCCGGACGAGACAUACGUAUCCAACACAAGUCUAUACCAAGACAACCAGUUCGUCCGGCUCCCAAGCCCGCGAAGCCUAGGGGUCCAAAGGCAACUGACGUGAAGUUGAACAGACGUUCUACGAGAGCGCACGCCCGCUGCCUCCGGAGGCAUGGAGCGAUCCUUACUGAUCGACUAGAGAGGAUAUCAAAGCCUUGUCGACGCAACAUAAUUAACUUGUGGCGGGAACACGCAUAUACAUUACCUCCUGAAACGAUAGCAGUGUGGAUCGACGACGUUCUCGCUGAGUCGGAAGAUCGCAUGCUCAUGAUGGACUUUGAUGAAGACGAUGAAGUAGAAAAGAGUGCUGCAGAGGUGGACAGGCCACCAUCGGCGACUGAUACUGGAGCGUCGAGCACUCCCCGAGGGUCAGCCACAGGAUCGACCCCAACGGUGGAGGCAACCCCCACGGACACUCCCGGAGCCACGCCCGGCGUGACCCCCGGGGCGACCCCCGGCAGGACCCCACAACAAACACCGACCACCACGCCGGCACAAACCCCGCGUCAAUCCAAAUCUGAUAUAGCCAAACAGUAA